CUGGACUCCAUAGCUUUUCAACCGAGCCAUCUUUUGAUUUCUUUUUUAUCGAUUUACCAAAAGAGCUGUCGCAGAUUCUCUGAUCUUUCACUUCAAGGAAAAAUGGGCAAAAACAAACAAUAAAAGCUCUUGGGUCCUUCAAAAGCACUUUGAUUUCGUUAUUUUAAUUCCAAGGAUGGCUCCACGUACUAGCAAGAGUGGUGUUAGCAAAAAAGAGAGCGAAAUAGCCAUAACUAUGGAAGCAAUCACUAGGAUAAUACAAGAAUUGGCAAAUGCUCCUCAGGCACAACAGUCACGAUCUAUUAGACAAUCCAUUGCAUUUGACAAGUUCUAUAGAUUGCAACCUCCAGCCUUCCUAGGGGGCACUGAUCCAUUGGUAGCUGAAGAAUGGAUUUUAGAGAUGGAGAAGAGAUUCGAAUACUUUGAGUGCGGUGAAGAGGAUAAAGUACAUUGUGCAACUUUCAUGUUGAGAAAGGAUGCUUGGUUGUGGUGGCUUUUUACUCGACGUACCAUGAAUGUUCAUGAAAACCCCAUAGGAUGGGAACAGUUUAAGAACUUGUUUCUGGACAGCUACUUUCCUGAAACCUUACGAAAUGAUAAACGUAGAGAAUUUAUUCAAUUGGAGCAGGGUGAUUUAACAUUGGUCGAGUACGAAAGAGAAUUCGAACAACUUUCACGUUUUGCUCCUCAUUUGGUAGACACGGAUGAGAAGAAAAUUGAACGUUUCAAACAAGGUUUGAGGCCAGAGUUGGGGAUACAUUUAGCCGCCUUCAAGCUAAACACCUACAGUGAAGUUGUUAAAAGGGCUCAGAUAGCAGCAUAUUAUGAGGAAAUGCAUGAGGCAGACGAAUCCACUGAUCAGCAGAGCAAUUAUGAAUCCCAUUGGCAGUUGGAAGGAAACGGAAAGAGGGGCUUUGAACGCAAUGAGGAUAACUCGGGGAGCUUUUAUUCUGAUAACAAGAAAGCCAGAGUAUGUGGUGGAUCAGUAGAGAAUCAUGUUGGAUAUUGUAGUGAAAGAUCAUAUGCAUGUUAUUUUUGCGGGGUAAAGGGACAUAAAGUUAGGGAAUGCCCUGUGAAGAAUGGGAGGAGUACUUGAAACCCAUAAAAGAGUAAAAGAGAAAGAAGCUUUUGUAUGAGAUGAAUAUUGUCACAUGUAUGAAUGGAUGGUCUUUUGCAAACCUAUGUUAUAAUAUUCAA